CCACUUGUAGUCCGGAGGACUAGUGCUCAAUUCCGAAAUUAUGGAAAUGGAAUGUUCAAUGGUAGCCCCGGAUAUCAUGACAGAUAGAGAUGCACCAUCGCAAAUAAAUCUUCCACCCGAUGCAGAAUCCAUGACUCAAGAUGAAAUAAAUACACACAUAUUUUUCAUGGGCGAAGCUCUUGCCAUGGUAUGUUUUCCGUUUCUCUAUUUGUAUGACAUCAAGUUUUGAUCAAUUACAGGCAAAUCUGGCUCUCAACACCAAUGAGACACCCGUGGGCUGUGUACUCGUUGAUCCAGUCCUCAAGAAAGUAGUAGCUAGAGGAAUGAAUGCUACCAAUAGGAGCUACAAUGGGACAAGACAUGCAGAAUUUAUCGCUAUCGAUGAGUUGCUGUCUUCGAGUUUCAAGCUGGAUUGUGGGAGUGCAGAUGAAACUAGGGGGGCGAAAAGGAAGAGGGAAGAAAAUGGAAGUGAGGCCGACCAUGGACAAGGAGUUGGUUCUGAAAUUUCGAGACGUGGGUACGGGCCUGAAGAUAUGAAGAACUUGGAUUUAUACGUGACGAUAGAACCGUGUAUCAUGUGCGCGUCGUUACUACAACAGUUUGGAAUACGAAAAGUGUGGUAUGGAGCGGUUAAUGAUAAGUUUGGGGGGAAUGGUGGCGUUUUGAAUAUUCAUAUUGGUAAUGGGAAGUUCGAUAAUAAAGAAACUGCUGAGGAUAUAGAGGAAGAUAGUAUGGAGGAGACUGGUGGCGGCAAAAGAACACAGAAAGGGGAGGGUGAUUAUGAGGUUAGUGGUGGAUGGUUGCGAGAAGAAGCAAUUGUUAUCUUAAGGAGAUUCUAUGUGCAGGAGAAUGGAAGGGGUGAGUGACUGGUUUUACCUUUUUUCUACAUAUCGAUGAAGCUAAUGUGCUACAGCGCCCGAACCCAGAAAUAAAAAAGAAAGAAUAUUGAAGCUAGAGGUGGAGCCAAUGAUAGAUCCAAGAAUAAAGGGUGACGAGCCCGGUUGAAAUUGAUAUUUUUUUACUCUACUGUGUGGUUUUCAAAAGACCGGAGCUGGGCGGCGCAUGAUUUGGGUGAAGUAGACGGUCA